AUGGAGGCUACAAAUAACGUAUCAGCCUGGGACGUAGAUGUUCUACGUACCAAGUUCUCCCUCGCGCUCUCUGAGAUGUAUCGGCAAGAGGUUCCUCUUUAUGGCGACCUCAUUAAGAUUGUACGAGAUGUCGAUACAGCAGUUCUAAGAGCAGAAGGCCAGAAGCCGGAGGAUCUUCCCUUGAGAAAUCAUCUUGAACGGCACGGGGCGAUAAGGCUUGGGUCAGAGGAGGAACUGCAAGUGAUCAAGCGCCUCUUUGCUAUUUUUGGAAUGCAUCCUGUCGGCUACUACGAUCUACAAGUUGUCAACUUUCCACUUCAUGCAACAGCUUUCCGGCCAAUCACUGAGGAAUCCCUGGCCAAAAACCCAUUUCGAGUCUUUACGUCAGUUCUUCGAAAGGACCUUCUUUCGCCCGCGAUUAGAGAUAUCGUUGAACAAGUGCUUAGUAAAAGGAAUCUAUUUAGUGCACGCCUGCUCGAUAUUAUUCACCAGUUUGAAAGUGGGGGAACGUUUUUGACAGCCAGUGAGGCAGAUGAGUUGAUCACUGAAAGCCUUAAAGUCUUCAAAUGGCACUCCAGAUCCAUGGUUACAAUCGAGGAUUACAACAAGCUGAAACAGGAACAUCCUUUGGUAGCAGACAUUGUGUGCUUUCCCAGCGCGCACAUCAACCACUUGACACCUAGGACCCUUGAUAUCGAAUAUGUUCAAAAGGAGAUGAUACGAAGAAACUUGCCAGCAAAGGAGAGGAUCGAAGGGCCCCCUAUUCGUCGCUGUCCUAUUUUACUUCGACAAACCAGUUUCAAAGCUCUUGACGAAUUAGUCAAUUUUCCCACGUCGACCGGAGACGCCGUACCCGGCACGCAUACUGCACGGUUCGGAGAGGUUGAGCAACGUGGCGCUGCCGUUACCCGUAAAGGACGUGAUCUUUACGAUGAACUUCUGAAUACAGCUUCGGAACAAUCUUCCGGAAGUAGUAGGAUUACUCUGGAUGAAGCGUUGGUAAACGCAUUUAGGGCGUAUCCGGAUACCUGGCGCGAGCUACAAGAAAAAGGGCUGGUUUAUUUUCGCUACCGGACAAGCUCCUCCGCACAUGAUCAGGAACUGCGCAGGCGCUUGAUCGGAAAGCUACAUGGUCCAGUCCCUCUCGGAGAGUUGAUUAAAGUUGGUUUGGUUGAGUAUGAUCCCCUGACCUAUGAAGAUUUUCUGCCACUGUCAGCCGCUGGGAUCUUCACGUCAAAUCUAGGAAGCCAACAACCGUGCGAGCGAUUAGGGGAAAGCUCUAAGGGUCUGAGGGAUUUCGAAACUGUGCUUAGGGGCAGGGUUGUGAGAGAAUUUGAUCUUUAUGAUGAGAUACAGCGCGUUAGCCUUGAACAUUCCGAUACCAUCCUACCUACCCUGUACCGAAUAAGCCACAAAGCGGGGGGGAAGGCCUCGGAACCGGGGUAUCGCCAUCACCAAGAAGACGACGAAGAUGUCCAACCGCCCCGCCACCGGAGAAAAACUAUCCGGAAGAGGAUCGCCAUUGCAUGCGAAGAAUGUCGGUCCCGGAAGCGAAAGUGCGAUGGGGCAAUGCCGGCUUGCAGCGGAUGCACGAAGAGGAUGUCUGUUUGUGUCUAUACGUCCGAGGUUGAGGCUAGAGCCUGGCACAGCGCAAUGGUUCAGUCGCUACGGAACAGAUUGGAGGAGCUUGAAGCAGCUGAAACCUCGUCACAGGGACCAGACCAGCACGCCUGUCAUAACGAUCCAACGGUGACAACGGAGGUUAAUCAUGUUGACAGGCAAGCGUCAAGUCCUGAUCAUGAAGAGCAUGCCGUAGAUGUGGUCACUGAAGAAUACCCCGAUCAAUGGGAAACAACAUUCCCCAGUGGUGAGUCUGGCAUCGACCAGGCGCUAGGCGCCUCAGCACCUGUUGAAAAGAGUGGGCAUGGAUUCAGCCCCUCAGAGUUGCAAAGACUCGAAGAGCUCAAGAGACCGAUUCGACAGAUGAUAGACCAAGACGAAAACUCAAACGAAGACCUCCUGGCUGUUACUCCAAACCAAACCCUGUCAAGCUCAGGCACAGAAGCGCACUGUACUUGCGAAUCGGUAGUUCAUCAGACUCAAUGGUUUUUACCACUCCGAAGAGUCGCAGACAGCUUGAUGUCAACAUACUUCUCCAAAAUACACCGGAUAUAUCCCGUUCUUCAUCAGGGAUCCUUCAGGGCUCUGUAUGAUAGGCUGUGGGAGUCGGCGGGGAGUAAUUCGGAGCAAAAAGUCGUUAACUGCUCUGGGCUCUGCAAACAGAGGAAGCGCGGACUGCUAUAUGCUGCAGUCUUGCAUGCAGUCUUUGCUCUAGCCAGCUUGUUUGAACCUGGGUGCCCAAGGCGGAAUGCGACUCGUGCCGAUGAGUUUUUCAGCAGAACGCAAGACCUCAACUUCCUUGACGUUCUAGGCGAUGAAGUGGACACCGGGCUAGUGCAGUUGGGUGUUCUCAUGGGAUUUUAUCUACAGGCAACGGAGAGAUUUUCCAAGUGUUGGAACGUCACGAGUCUGACGAUUGGACUGGCUCAGACCAUGGGGUUGCACCUCGCCGAUGCACAAGCUAAGAAGAGAGGUUUUAUAACGACACCUCUUACACAGAUGGACUAUGAAAUGCGAAGCCGCGUAUGGUACGGAUGUGUCGUUUUAGAGAGGCCCCGACUCCCCGAGCCAAUUGAUGAUGACCGUUUGAGUCAAGUUGUAGGACAAUGGAACAUACAGCCCCGGGAACAGCCAAGCCUACUAGAAUCAUACAUACAGACAAUUAAACUGUAUGACAUAUUGAACAAGGUCACAACCAGAAAAGAGCCUCACAGUCUGCCAUCGCCACCAUCCACUGAUUGCCAGCAGUCCACAGCAACAACGAACUUCCAGAAUAUCCUCGACCUUGAUGCCUUGCUCAUGGAAUGGCGAAAAGCUUUGCCAGGAUAUCUCCACUAUGAACCAGGCUCAUCAGAAAGCAGUUGCCUUGAGAACAGCAGUUCCGACGGCCUCCCAAUCCUUAGAGACCAUCUUUAUUAUCAAGCGAAAAGAUUAUACCUAAGGUUUCUGCAUGUUCGCAUGCUAAUACUACGUCCGGCCCUGGAUCUUCUUUUUGAGAAGCAGCAGAAUGAGCCGGUUGGUGCCAAGCUUGGUGGUACAAUGUCCGCUGUAAAUUUACAUUGCUCCGCCAGCAUCAUGCUUCUAGCACAACUGUGCAAUUUCGGCGAUGGGAGUUCCUUCAGGCAAUCGCCUAAAGCUCUCCUUGAGCAAUGUCUAAAGUGCCUUUCAAACUAUAAAGAGCUAAGCAGUGUCGCUAGGAAGUCAAUAAAGCUUCUCAAGGAUGCUUAUGAAAGUCUAUCGCGAAGUGGACAGCCUCCGGCUGAGAGGCGGGACAAGGCCACGAACACCCGUCACCCCGACUCUCAGAGUCAGUCACAUUUAAGCAACGUUAACGCAAUGAUGGACAGGAGUGGUGGAGUGUCUCAACCAGGAACUGAGCCAAUACUGCAUGAUGGGUCAUUCGGGCAGGGCUCUCUCGCCGAAACGUCCAAUAACUCCCAGGACCAAGAUAUCAGGCUCACAGGGAGCGACGGAACCUUGGCAGAUCCAGCAGCCGACCAUUUCCUAGGCCUUGAUGACGAAUUUUGGUCUCUGAAUCAUGGCGAUAUGUUACAAUGGCCUUUGUUGGGUAAAGAGCGGAGAGAUCUAACACUAUGA